AUUUCGAGUGUCGCUACAACAUGAAUCACGAAGCGAAGAAAAUAGCCAACACUAUGUACGGGCGAGUGAACGCGCCCACGGUCGAGAGAUGCCGCGUAAACUUCUGCACGGACUUGGAAAAGUCAGUUUUGAUGAGUAAUUUCGAGCGACGCGGCUGGAACCAAGUCGGACCGGACGAAGAAUGGAACUUUUAUUGGGCGUCAACGCAAACUUGCAGAAAUCUAUUCAGCGUCGAAAGUGGCUAUCGGAUGAAUGACAAUCAGAUGAUUAACCAUUUCCCGAACCAUUACGAACUUUCCCGUAAGGAUUUGUUGGUGAAAAAUAUAAAAAGAUAUCGGAAGGAAUUGGAGAGGGAGGGCAAUCCUUUAGCUGAGAAAACGGAGGUUAUACUUCAUGGAGGUCAAGUCGUCACUCGUUAUGCGCAUUUAGACUUCAUUCCUGUGACGUUCGUACUGCCGGCAGAUUACAAUAUGUUCGUCGAGGAAUACCGCAAGUCGCCGCAAAGCACUUGGAUCAUGAAACCGUGUGGAAAAUCCCAAGGCACCGGAAUAUUCCUUAUAAACAAACUGUCGAAGUUGAAGAAAUGGUCCCGAGAGGCGAAAACGCCUUUUCACCCGCAGCUUAGCAAAGAAAGUUACGUUAUAUCACGGUAUAUAGACAAUCCACUGCUAAUAGGGGGCAAAAAGUUUGAUCUAAGACUUUACGUGUUGGUCACUUCUUUUCGACCUCUGAAGGCUUAUCUGUUCCAACUUGGCUUCUGUAGGUUUUGUACGGUGAAGUACGAUACUAGUAUGACGGAGUUAGAUAACAUGUAUGUGCAUCUUACUAACGUUAGUGUACAGAAACAUGGCGGCGAUUAUAACAGUAUACACGGAGGAAAAAUGACAGUUCAAAACCUUAGACUGUACUUAGAAGGAACGAGGGGCAGGGCUGUCACUGAGAAGUUAUUCGCAGCGAUGCAGUGGCUCAUUGUGCAUUCUCUUAAAGCUGUGUCGUCGGUAAUGGCAAACGACAGACAUUGUUUCGAGUGUUACGGUUACGAUAUAAUAAUAGACAAUCAACUGAAGCCGUGGCUUGUGGAAGUGAACGCGUCGCCGUCACUUACCUCGACGACUGUCAACGACAGGAUAUUAAAGUACAAACUGAUAGAUAACAUUUUGUCGGUCGUUUUGCCGUCAGACGGUGUUCCAGAUGUUCGCUGGAACAAACUGCCCACUGCGGACGCUUUAGGGAAUUUUGAUUUGCUCAUUGACGAAGAACUUUUGGAGAAAGAUGAAGCCACUAAUAACCCAGGACGAUCAAAUAAAAAUAAAACGAGAUGAAACCGCAAGAGUUUUGAACAUAAACCACGACCCAAAUAAGAUUUUAAAUAUGUUAAUUCACCGCAGUAUAAACAUAAAUACCGUUGCUUUUUCACACGCCUGCAAGUAAAAAUUCUGUGCAGCGUCUAAAAUUACUUAGUACUUACAUAGUGGGUGCAUUAAAAAAACCGCUCGUUUGGAUGUUGUGCAUACGGUGCAUAUUUGCAUUUUAAUGUUGAUGCCCGUGGAAAAAUAACACAACGCGGCAUGCCAUUCUAUAUGCUAAGCGGCAAAGAACUUCCGAGCGGUUAAUGUUGCAAGUUUCAUCCACCGCUGAAACUUGCUUUUGUCCAUAACCAACUUUAAAAUUUGGCGCUUGUUACUCUCUGGACAGUUGGUUAUUUCUGAAUUGAUGUGCGAGGAGUUUGCUUUUAUUUAAUAAUUUAUUUCUAUGUGGAAUGUAU